AAAAGAAUCAUCGUUUUCGAUUGUUCCACCAACGAUAAUUCUCCAAUGGCGCCCUCCGGCACCGUCGCCGAUCCUCCGCCAUCGUCAACCACCAAUUCAUUCAAUUCCGGCGACACAGGAGAGAAUGAUAUUCGGCCAUUUUUUGUACUCCACAAGGCUUCUUCGUCUGGGAGUAAUCUCAAUGGGAAAUUAACUGGGAUUGUGAAAAGCAAGCGGAGGAUCGAAUCACCUUCACCUAAAAUUGCUAAGAGAUCUGAAGUCGAAAGUGUGGAAGAAGAAGAUGGCCAGUUUUUCUCAACUCUUCGCUUUAAAGUUUUCGAGACUGUCUGGUCGAAAAUCGAGAAGACAAUUGAAGACGUUCUGCGGAAUUCGAACUCCAAAGUAUUUAGUGGGAUUCAUGAUUGGAUACGGGAAUCAUUUGAGUCGAUCAUAUCAUCUGGAGCACUUAAGUUAUCGGAAGCAGUUCGAUCUUAUCCUGUUUUAACUCAGGCUUCUUCUAAGCAAUUGCCUACUGCUAUGGUUCUUACAAGGAACCUGGAAAUGGUUGAUGAUUUAUUGACAUUUGAAGAACUGGAGUUGCACUUGAAGUCUCAAGGAUGCCAUGUGGCUAAGCUUUCAUCUAUGGACUUCUCAGCCAAGAGUGGCGUAGGAGGUUGCCUUAGAGGUUUGUUACGCCAGUUUGUGAUGCCAACCGUAGAUGUGGCUGAUGUGACCAUUCUCGCAUCAUGGUACCGAGAAAACAAAAACCAUGAGAAUCCCGUGGUUAUAAUUGUGGAUGAUACAGAGAGAUGCUGUGGGCCUGUACUGUCGGAUUUAAUUCUUAUAUUAAGCGAAUGGGCAGUCAAAGUUCCAAUUUUUUUGAUAAUGGGUGUGUCCACAGCACAUGAUGCGCCUAGAAAGAUAUUAUCAGUGAACGCGCUGCAAAGACUUUGUGCUACUAGGUUCACUCUGAGUUCUCCGGCCGAAAGGAUGGAUGCAGUUCUCAAGGCUGUUUUUUUGAAGCCGUGUUCUGGGUUCACUGUUAGCCAUAAGGUGGCACUUUUUAUGAGAAGCUACUUUUUGUGUCAAGAUGGAACACUGACAUCUUUUGUUAGAACUCUCAAGAUAGCCUGUCUACAGCAUUUCUCAUUAGAGCCUUUAAGCAUCAUGCUUGAGCACUUUUGUCAUGAUGGUGUUAAUCAGCUAUCAGGUGAAGGUACUGGACUAUUGACAGAAGCAACAAUGAAACAUGCCUUUGACUUGCCAUCUGUGACGAGGAAUAAAAUUACUCGGAGUACUUUUGAAAUGCUACCUCAUUUUUUGAUGGACUUGCAAAGGAUGCCAAACCCCUGGAGCAUAGUAGUUUUGUGCAUAUAUGAAGCUGGAAAGUUUGAUAAACUUCGAUUGCUAGACAUAUUCUGUGAGAUACUUGACCCAGAAGCACGUUACUUGAAAUACUUUUCACCUUCGGAAAUCGUUAGCUCUCAGAGUCACAAUUCAGGAAGUAACAAUGUUAUCAGACGGGUUUUGUGCAAGCUCAGGGAUCUUUCACCUUCACAGCUGUCUAGCAUGUUGAAAAGUUGGGAAAAUCUCACUACGGAGUUCAGUGAGAUCAAUGACAAAGUAAUGGAACUGCAUCCGUUCAUGAGAUCCGUGGAAGCAGCUGGUCAGAGACAAGGACUUCCUAACAGCCCAAAAAAGCAUGCAUCUCGAAGCCAUUCAAAGCUUGAAAAGGAGCUUAAAGCCAUGACUGAUAAGGUUGCCACAGUGAUAGAAUUCAUGCUAAGGGAAUAUAUGAAGCCAGUUGAGAGUGUUCCUUUCCACGAAAUUUUGUGUUUCAAGAAUGUCGAUAAACUUCAAUCUGCUUUACUUGGAGACCCGAGAGGUAGGAUCCAAUUAGAUCUACUAGAAUCCCACAAUAUCCUCCACUGUGUGUGCUGCAGCCAGAGAGGCACAACUCUGCUGCCUUCCAUGCAUGAUACAUCGAUUUUGUACACGCUGGCGCAAGAGCACGCUGAUGUCAUUAACCUCCAUGACUGGUAUCAAUCUUUCAAGACGAUACUUAUUCCCAGGAGUAGCAAGGCUAAACAAAAAUCUAAGUCAUCUUCAAAAUCGAAGAAAAGGAAGGAUAUAUGCGAAGAACCAGAAGCACCCGCUGAAGCUUUAAUUCAAGCUCGAUUCUGCAGAGCUGUAAUGGAGCUUCAGAUUGCAGGACUUAUCCGCAUGCCUUCAAAAAGACGUCCAGAUUUUGUGCAAAGAGUGGCUUGCGGCGCAAACGAGGCCAACGUAAAUUGCCUGAAGACAAUAAAAUCCCAAGUUGAAGAUCCCAAUAAUUACUUGUCCAGUUGGGACUUUGGCGACGAAACUACUAAAGGGUUUAUCUGCAAAUUCAGUGGUGUCACUUGCUGGCAUGAUGAUGAGAAUAGGGUUUUGAGCAUUAAACUUCCUGGUUAUGGUCUCAAAGGAGAGUUUCCUCUUGGAAUUAAGGAAUGUUCUGAUCUGAUAGGUCUGGAUCUUUCUAGAAACAACUUCUCUGGUCCUUUACCAUCCAACCUUGCGUCUUUGAUUCCACUUGUUACAAGUCUCAACCUCUCUUACAAUAGCUUUUCCAGUAAAAUCCCUGCCAGUUUAUCAAACAUUACCUUUCUGAACACUCUUAUGCUUCAGCAUAAUCAGUUCACUGGUCAGCUUCCUCCCGGGCUAGCGUCACUUCAACGGCUCAAAACGUUCUCAGUGGCGGACAACCUUCUUACCGGUCCUGUCCCAAAUUUCACGGAAUCCGUGAACAUUGGACUGGAUAGUUUCGCUAAUAACAUGGAUUUGUGUGGUCCGCCUUUGGAUGCUUGCGUUGAUCUGGAAGAAGAAAAGAUCCGGUCAGGGAAGAUGGGCGCAGCAAUUGGUGCGGCUUUAUUUGGACCACUAACCACAAGCUAUCCUCUCUCCACAAAGUCUAGAUGGAUCGUGGACGAGAAAGGCCAAAGAGUGAAGCUAGCAUGCGUGAACUGGCCGGCUCAUCUCCAGCCCACGGUGGCCGAAGGGCUAAGCAAACAACCAUUAGACUCCAUCUCCAAGAAGAUUGUCUCAAUGGGAUUUAACUGUGUUAGGCUUACUUGGCCUCUUGAUUUGAUGACUAAUGACACAUUGGCUCUUAAUGUUACGGUUAAACAGUCUUUCGAAAGCUUGAAGUUGUUUGAAGAUGUUCUUGGGAUUCAAACUCACAAUCCCAAAUUACUUCAUCUUCCCCUUUUCAAUGCAUUCCAGGAAGUGGUGUCGAACCUAGGACAAAACGGUGUAAUGGUGAUACUAGACAACCAUUUGACAACGCCAGGCUGGUGCUGCGGCGACAAUGACCUCGACGCCUUCUUUGGCUACCCUAAGCAUAUGCCACAAGGAGCAGAAGCAGUGCACGCCGCAAACCCUAAAUUACUAGUCAUCCUCUCCGGCAUCGACUUCGACACAAACCUCUCUUUCCUCCGUGACCGUUCCGUCAACGUCAGCUUCACCAACAAACUCGUCUUCGAGCUCCAUUGGUACAGUUUCUCCGACGGCAGAGAUUCGUGGAGAAAACACAACUCUAACGAUUUCUGCGUCAAAAUCAUCGAAAAGGUUACACACAACGGAGGAUUCUUGAUUGGGAGAGGCUUUCCUUUGAUCUUGACUGAGUUUGGGACUGACCAGAGAGGCGGUGACAUCAGCGGAAACCGGUAUAUGAAUUGUUUGGUGGCUUGGGCGGCCGAGAAUGAUUUGGAUUGGGCGGUUUGGGCGUUAACCGGAGAUUAUUAUUUGAGAACCGGUAAAACGGAUUUAGAUGAGUCUUAUGGCCUUUUGCAGGCCAAUUGGAAAGAUAUCAGAAACUCUACUUACUUGCAAAAACUCUCCGGAAUCCAACAUGCCUUUAAAGGACCGGGAUUGCGACCCAACAACAACCUUCUCUUUCAUCCAUCAACAGGACUCUGCGUCACCAAUAAUGCCUCAGACAAUUUACUCACACUUCGAUUGGGACCAUGCCCUAAAUCCGACCCAUGGACCUUUAAUCCCCAAGAAGGCAUUCUUUGGGUCAAUAAAAUGUGCGUGGAAGCUCCAAACGUUGCUGGACAAAAGGUGAAGCUUGGAGUUGGCACAAAGUGUUCUAAGUUGGGACAAAUCUCAGCUACUAAGAUGCAUUUGUCGUUCAAGACAAGUAAUGGUUUGUUGCUAUGUCUUGACGUGGACGAACGUGACAACAGCGUCGUCGCUAACCCUUGCAAAUGUUUGACCAUGGAUGCUUCAUGUGAUCCAGCGAGCCAAUGGUUCAAAGUUCUUUGAAUUCUAUUUUCCAUGUUUUAUUAUUGAGAAAAUGUAGUUGUAAUCAAGACUACCAUUUGAG